AUGGAGAUAAUUGUGAAAACAGACGACUCUUUGGUGACGGAGAGAGCGGCCCUUCUCUGCAGUUCUUGUGAUCUGAACGCGAAGUCACUGUUUGUGUUACCAGUGAGUGAUGUCUCGCAACUCAUGGGCUAUAUAUUGAGAAUGGAAACGGCUUUAUAUGAGUUGUCGAAAGCCUAUUACCAACACGAAUGCAAACUAAUCAAAGGGCACAGGGAUCAGCUCAACAAAACCACGCAUCAGUUACUAUACGUGAGACAUCAGUUCAAAAUAGCGCUGUUCAGUGAACUCAAACAGGACCCGAGCACUGCCCUCAAACACUAUAAGAACUCUUACGCAAACUUAAUGGAAGUUCGCGUAACGCUAACCAACUUAUAUGAGAUCAAAACCAUCGGCGGUUUCAUAAAUUACAAGAUUUGCAAAUUAUGUUUCCAAUUGAAUACACCAUUGGAUGCCAUCUCGCAGUUCCGCAAACACAUCGAUAUAUUCAAAGGCAAGUGCGAGCCCAAGGAGAUCGAGUUCGAGCACUCGGCCUGGCUUUCCAAACAGUACUCCCUGUUCGCCAGUCUGUUCGAUGUGGCCAUUAUGUCGGGUCUCAUACCCUCCCAAAUGCAGAAUCCCGGCUAUUAUUACAUGGAGUCCGCACUGCAAGCCAUGCAACGCCGCAAACUCUGUCUCUCUGUCUGCACUCAAACACAAUUCAAUGAAUUAAAUCCUCAAAACUUAGAGUUAUUUAACUCUAUAUUACAAUCCACUCAACAAAUGGAGUUUUUCGGACAGAGAUCGUGGAGACCCGGCUGUCAGACACUCGAACCACUGGACGCAGAGAAAGAGAAAAUUGGUUUAAAAGCCCUGCAAUACAAAGAGCUGACGACUGUUAACCAUUCGGCGUUAAUAAUAACAGCGUUGAGUAAUGCGAUCAAUCAGUUCAAGAAAUACAAGUGUCCGCGAAUGAAGAGAUAUCUAAUGGUAUUGGUAGCCGAGGAGUACUUCUACAGCAAAGACUACACCAAUUCGUUGACUUUCCUCAACAACGUGUUGCCCCAAUACAGACAAGAGGGUUGGCUUAUGUUGGUUCACAACAUACUGAACACCGCAUUACAGGCGGCCUAUCUGUCGGCCGAUGCCAUCAAUUUUGUGAAGUUAGGUCUCGAAUGUAUUUCUGUGACAAACAGUUCCCAGUUUGAAGACAAGAUCGCCAUUCAAGAGAGCAUUGAAAAUAUAAUGAGAAGACAAUUACCACUUCUGCUACCAUUUGUCGACAAAACUGAUGCCGAAAAUUCAUUGAAAUUGUGGUCAAAUGUCUUAAAUUUAUCCCUUAAGAAUAGGGAACAGUUUGAUGUCUCAGACUUGAAACUCACUGUUAACGUGAUGGACAUAAAUAGUGGUGACAUCGCAAUCGGCUCUCGGAGUCUUAUAUUACGUGACAAUGCUUUCACAGAUUUAGUGGAAAAUUAUUCACUCAAUGAUAUCAAAGUUAACGAUGAGAUUAACGAAGAAAUUGUCGUAAAGUUUGAGAUCAUUGGAAACCAUUUCAUAGUAUUUCAAUUGACAUACGACUCGAUGUAUGAUUUGGGAAAUGACUGCAAAGCUAUAUCGCAUUCAAUCACUCAAAAAGUGGCCACAAAUGUGUUGAUUCCGUUCAUCACUACUUGUGAGCUGACGAACCUCUCGUCCACUAAAGUAUCGCAGAUUCGCCGAAAUGAGCCCUUCUUUGUGAAUGUCGUGACCAAAGAGAACGUCGAGAUUCCCAUUGAAAUCAUUGAAUCGAUGCCACGAUUUCACGAAACCAUUAAUUGUUUGUCGCAAACGAAUAGACUGUCCAAAGAGAAAGUCUUCUUAGACCAGACUUUCAAAACUGUUGCUACCGUUGAAUACAUGUCUCAAAUGUCUUUAGGAAUGUAUUCUAUUAAAUGGAAACGAAAAUCAGAUGCAGAAUCUGGUAUUCAUAAGACAUUGUUUUCCGAAUCAUUGGUUCCACUGCCGAUGAUAUCAGUAGUGAGUUCUCCGGUUUUUGUCGAUUUGAAGUGUCCGGACGUUUGUAUUGCAAGAAAUCCGAUGAUAUUGUGCUAUAAUAUAUACAACCGAACGGAUAAUAACUUGUCUUUAGAGCUCUCAAUGGGUACUUCCGAUAACUUUAUGUAUUCCGGAAACAAAUUAAUUCAAAUUGUAUUGGAAGCGAAUCAAAGCGCAGAACAGCAUUACAUACUCUACCCAUUGGUUUGCGGAUCAAUAAUUUUGCCUAAAUUU